AUGUACAUAACUAUGGUAGAAGAUAAACCUAUUUCUUAUCAGGAGAGCGCCACAGAAAACCACAAUACACUAGCCAGUAGUAAAAUGGAUUCAAUAUUCUCUGGUAAACAUUGUGAAGCUUCUUCUGAAUACGUUACUGCAAUUUAUUCGUACAUGCCUCAGCAUUCAGAUGAAAUAAAUCUACGAACAGGUCAGAAAAUUAAGAUUUUGUCCAAAGACUGUCGACAUUCUGGAGCUGAAGGAUGGUGGGUUGGCCAAGAACCAAAAACAGGUCAUGUUGGUGUAUUUCCUAGUGGCUAUGUUUUAAAUCCAGAUGACAUUACAAGCAGUGAAUCUCCAGGAGCGAAUGAAAUGAAAGCUAAUUCUUUUGAACAAAAUAUAUGGAAUGAUGUCACGUUUGGGAUUGGCAACAAUACGGAUAAAAUUAUAGCUGCAAAAACAAAGGAAGAGAUGUCUCUUGACAAGUCACCCGACAGUGAAGUAAUCCUUAGACACGGUCAUGUUAGAACAAUUCCUGCUACUGAGUUAGUACAACAACAGUUUAUUGGCUCAGGAGCAUUUGGAAAAGUUUAUCGAGGUCUUUGGCGUGAACAAGAUAUUGCACUAAAAGUAUUUGAUUUAGCUACAAAUCAGGUAGACAAUGAAGCUUUGCAUCUGUGCAGAUUAUCUCAUCGGAACAUUGUGAGAUUUUAUGGGAUCUGUAGGUUAGACAAAUCUAAUUCCCCUGCACUUGUAAUGGAAUAUGCUUAUGGUGGUUCGCUGAACAUGGUUCUCAACCAACGACCUUUAUUAGGUCCCCUUGUUUUACUUGAUUGGGCAUUACAGAUCGCUAGUGGAAUGGCAUAUUUACAUACAGAUGCCAGAAUUUGUCAUCGAGAUUUAAAAUCAUCUAACAUUCUUAUCAGAGAAGCUGUUCAAAAACCAUUUUCUCUAAAUGAACUUCAAAGGUGUACCCUAUUGAUAACUGAUUUCGGAAUGGCUUGUCGUUCUAGUCAACUUGCACCACAACAAUCUAAAUUAGGCACUGUUGCAUAUGCAGCUCCAGAAGUUUGUCGUCAAGAGGGAUUUUCUUUCAAAUCGGAUAUUUGGUCAUAUGGUGUUGUGUUAUGGGAGUUGCUUACAUUAGAUAUACCAUUUCGUGCAAUGGAGCAACCUAGAUUAUUGUUUAUUAUUGCAAUGUAUAAUUAUACUCUGUACGUACCACCAGGUAUUCCAGAUCUCUUUGUCCAAUUACUUAAAGAUUGCUGGUCACCUACUCCUGAUAGUAGACCUAAAUUUGAAAAUAUUAUGGCUCGACUUAAAUCAUGCAAAGAUUGCAGUUUCGUAGAUUUAGAACCUAGUGAAUUAGCUCAAAUUCAACAGGAUUGGCGUGAACUUAUAGCAGUCCACUAUAAAGAAGAACAACAGACUGUAGCUGAAGCACUAUCAUCAUCGUUCAGAAGUGGAAGUUUAGAUUUUUCAACAGAACUUUUAACACAGCUGGAAAUGUUACGUGAUUAUCGCGAAUCUCUGGAUAGGGUCAGAGCAGAUCUAGUGGAAAAAGCCCAUCAGCUUCAUAUAAAAGAGGAAUUGUAUAAUCGAGUGGCUGACACCAUGGGUCAACAUUUUAUGUUUUUGGCUGUACUGGCUGCUAAUCAUUUUAAAGAUCCUACUCAUAAAAUUCAAGCUGCUCAACCUAAACCUCCUCCACCUAGAAAACGUCCGUUUGUUCGUAGUAUUUUUAAGCGAUGGGGAACUAAUGGUAAUCCGUGUUCUACACAUAAUGACUACGUUAAUUCAGCUUAUUCGUCCACUAACAAUUUUCAAUUAAAGGAUCGUAAACGGUCAAUUAAUUAUUCACAAUGUACUUCUAAUAAUCGUCCACACUUGAAUGUAAAUACAAAUAAUUCUUCAGAUUUGAAUAAUUCCUUUUGUGAUGAAACUCAAUCGAUUUCGCGUGACACAUCCAGUCGAGUUGGUUGUAGUCAAGGUGGAAUACCUUUAAUUUCACCGCCCACAGAUAUGAAACAUGUAGUUCAUGUGGACUCAGAUUGGUUUACUGGUCAAGGAUUAUGCGAGUCAACUAUGCGGUUAUUUCCUUCUGCUAAAUUCACAAGCUCUUCAGUAGGUUCAAAUAAUGACAAAUAUCGUAAUAUGUCAUCAGGUCAUUGUUACAGUCCCCAAAUAAGAACGUUUGCAAACACUAAGUCGGAUAGUAAUAUGACAGAUAAAUCUCAUCCGAAGUCACCACGUAUUUAUUCUAGUGGAAACAAUAUUACAGAUCUUCGAUUACGCGAACAGCGUUUUGUUGAUGUCCAAACAAGCUCACAGAGAAAUCUGAAUCGGUUGGCUAGGAAACAAAAUUUUAUUCGGAAGUUUGAAAAUAAAAACAAUUUAGAUUUCCUACAAAAGUCAAGUAAUCACUCAGUUGGGUUUAGUAAUUUUUUCACGCCAAUUAACUCUUGUUGCUAUGAUACCAAUAAUGAUUUACAUCAUAGUGAACAUUCUGGAUAUCAUCACUGUAGAGUUAUACAACCCAUCAUAGGAACUGACAAUCGUAUUCGUAAUAAUAGUAGUCCACCGUUCUUCGAAAGACGUCGUUCAGCUUCUGGACCGGUUACCUUUUUUACUCGAUAUCCUAAAACCAAUGAUCAGCUGAAGAGUAAUGCUGAUGAAAGUUUAUUUGACAGGAAACUUAACGAAUUACUUUGUAUGAUUUGUGACCAUUCUAUGCUGUUGCCAACAUCUGGUUGUACUCAACAUUUCUCCGGAAGAUCUCUGUCUACUACAACUCCCCCUACUGCUUGUUUUAGCUCAGAUAUUACUGAAAGCUCUUAUUUCCUGAAGCCCACUAGAAAUUCAACUGUUGAAAAUGUGCUGUUGUCAGCAUUUCGUCUUCUAGCUUCCUUUUGUUUUUGGGGUGUUGAACCUGAUAUUGAUGAUGAGAAAGCUAAUUCUUUAAUUCCUCUCUAUUCUACACCACGUUCGUUCCAUAAUUUUGGGAAGAUUUCCUAUCCUGUUGCAUAUUGUACCUCACAGUCCAGUCAGAGUUAUAAUAAACAGAAGAAUGCAGUGAGAAAUGCUACUAACUCGUCAUUACUAUUCGGACAAAACGAAUCUGAUUUUCAGCAUGUUUUAUCGAGUAAUUCAGUCUGUCCUAUUGGAAAGCGCAAGUACAAAUUUUCAAUUCAAAACACACGACGUAUACAGAGCGCUGAUCGUCGUCGCAAUUAUAAAUACAAUACUUCUUUAAAAUGUCCUGUUUGUGUAAAUAUGGGCCUUGACUCUGUCCACCCAUAUGAAAAGUUUCCAGACCAUCAAGUUGAAUUCGGGGACCCGCAUUCACCAUUUCUCGGUAUGCUCGCAGGAAGUGGAAGGCGACCUAAUCCAUCUCCAAAUAUGAAGGAAAUAAAUCAUUCCAAUUUUUCAAUCAUUCCAUCACAUGAAAUGAUUUCAAGUGAUAAGAGAGAAAACUAUUUCAUUCAUCAACAUAAUGAAUUUUUGAAAGAUAUCAAACAAAAAAUAGGUGAGCAACAACAAUGUAAGCACACCAAGCUCAGUGAUAAUAAUAACAAUAAUUCCUAUCAAUAUACUCACUGUAAUUUAUGUAAUGAUAAUCAAAUGGAAAUAGUUGCAAAAAAUGAAUCCACAGGUAAAUUAAAUAAUGCAUUUCACUGUCCUCACCUUUCUGUUUACAUUGACUAUUGUCAAAAUGGCACACGAAAUAAAGACAUAGAUGUAGCCACUAUUAAGACAACACUACCAUACAUACCCUCUUCUUCACACUUAGCACAAAGGUGGUCAUUUGAGCAUAGUAAAGAGUUACAUAAAGAUAUAUGCUCUUCAUUCUGUUCUUUUUUAUCGUGUCGAAGAUUGUCAAUUGAUUGUCAGUCGAGUAUGAUUUCAGAUUGUUUAAGGUCAGUAGAUAAACAUUCAAUAUCUGAGUCUGUUGGUCCUUCAAUCGAAAGAAAUUCUACUAGUCAGUUUUCUCAUUCUCUCGUAUCAAUGAAUCCUGUUGGUAUGUCGCGUGAUGCGUACUUAAAGGCAACACAAGACGGCUUUCUUAAUCGGACCAUUUAUGAACCAUCUGAAGAUCCUAAAUUUUAUUAUUCCUCCUAUUCAAAUCAGACAUCUCAAUCCGAUUCCCUCCAACGUUCUAACGAUAAUCAAUCUUUUUCGAAAUCUGAUGUUUAUCCAAAUAUUCAUGCAUUGUUCAUUGAGAAUUCGAAAUCUGAAUCUGGAUCAGAGUUUGAAAGUUAUGAUGACGCAAAUAAAUCAGAUUAUCCCAAUUUUAUUUUAAAUUCCUCUUCACCACCAAAACACUCUCAACGGCCUCAGAACUUUUAUUCACCUUCGAAAAUACAUUUAAGUGAUUCAGAUAAGCCCCCAGAAAAUAAUGACUAUUCCUACAAUCUUAAUGUAAAUAUUCAUACCUGUCGAGAUGAUGAUGAUCGUGUAACUCUUGUGCCAAUUCAAUCUGAGGAACUAAGUAAUGUGAUUCAACCAUAUUCAGAUAAUGCGGGAAAAGAAGAGACUUUAGCUGAAUGCUACAAUGGUAACUCGACUUCCGAAAUGGCCGUGAAGAGGGUUCUUCAUCGAAGUCAAGCAAUGCGUGAACGACAUAGACCUGCGUUUUUAAAUCUUUUCCGAAACCGAUCACUUCCUAGCUGUGUAGACAGUGAUUGCUCAUGCUUGGAGUCCUGUUCAUUCCUCCUUUGUCCUUCAGAUAAUAGUGUCGAUGAGGUCUCCGAGUUUCCUCACCAGGCGGAAAGUUCCAAGAGUCCUUCUAGUCCGUUUGUCUCACUACAUUCUACAUUUAUUUGA